AAAUUUAAUUCUUUUCCUAGUUGGAAAAUAUGGACAUAGGUUGAAACAACAUGGGAAGGGAAGAGAGCAUGUUGUGCCCGUAGGAUGGACCCAUUUGCCCGAAACAGCGACCCGAAAUAAAAAACCCUAGAUACAUCUUUGUGCCAUCAUAGUGUGUGCAUAUUCCUCUCUCUCUAUCUCAUCCUUGAGCUUCACUUUCAUCUUCAAAACGGCUAAACAAUCUCACAGUCGCAUUGAAGAACACAGAAAGAAAGUUAAACAAAGAGAAUAAACCUAGUACAGUUUCCAAUCAUGUCGGACGUUGUGUCUAUGGAAGAAAUCAGAGCCAUUGCUGAUAGGCUUCAGGUCGAUCUUACCCAAAUCGAUCUUGAUUCCAUUCAGCUUCCUCCUGGUGAUAAUUUAGGCAUACCCAGUGAUGAUGAUGACUUGUUGGAGGAGGACUCCUUGGAGUUUGAUCAAGGUUUUGAAAACAUACUGGUGGUGGACAAUCUUCCAGUUGUGCCUAAAGAGAAAUUUGAGAAAUUGGAAGGAGUGGUUCGGAAAAUUUACGGCCAACUUGGUGUUAUUAAGGAGGGUGGUCUCUAUAUGCCAGUUGAUCCCGAAACUCAGAAAACCCUUGGGUACUGCUUCAUCGAGUACAAUACCCCCCAGGAAGCUGAGCUGAGUAAGGAGAAGACACAUGGGUACAAGUUAGACAGGUCACAUAUAUUUGUUGUUAACAUGUUUGAAGACAUUGAGAAGUUCUUGAAUAUUCCAGACCAGUGGGCCCCACCAGAGAUCAAGCCUUAUGAACCAGGGGAGAUGCUGCUAAAGUGGCUUACUGAUGAGAAAGCUAGAGACCAGUACGUGAUUCGGGCCGGCAAUGACACCGAGGUCCUCUGGAAUGAUGCAAGACAAUUGAAGCCUGAACAUGUUUAUAAUCGUCUUUUCUGGACUGAGAGUUUUGUUCAAUGGUCCCCUAUGGGAACGUACUUGGCUACAAUUCACAGACCAGGUGCUGCAAUUUGGGGUGGUGCUACCACUUUUGAACGUCUCAUGCGCUAUGUACAUCCUCAGGUAAAACUGAUUGAUUUCUCCCCUGGUGAAAGAUAUCUGGUGACAUACAGCAGCCACGAACCAAGUAACCCUCGUGACACUCACAGGGUUGUGCUAAAUAUUUUUGAUGUGAGAACUGGAAAAGUGAUGAGAGAUUUCAAGGGAAGCGCUGAUGAAUUUGCAGUUGGAGGAACUGGAGGUGUUACUGGCGUGUCUUGGCCAGUUUUUAGGUGGAGUGGCGGUAAAGAGGAUAAGUACUUUGCAAGAAUAGGAAAGAAUGUCAUCUCUGUUUAUGAAACAGAGACUUUCUCACUUACUGACAAGAAAUCUAUCAAGGUUGAAAAUGUUAUGGAUUUUAGCUGGUCGCCAACAGAUCCAAUUCUUUCACUUUUUGUUCCUGAAUGCGGAAAUCAGCCUGCCAGGGUCAGUCUUGUGCAAAUCCCAAGCAAAGAGGAGUUGAGGCAAAAGAAUCUCUUCAGUGUCAGUGAUUGCAAAAUGUAUUGGCAAAGCAAUGGAGACUACCUUGCUGUCAAAGUUGACCGGUACACGAAAACUAAGAAAAGCACUUACACUGGUUUUGAGCUGUUCAGGAUCAAAGAACGAGAUAUUCCAAUUGAGGUUUUGGAGCUUGACAACAAGAAUGAUAAAAUUAUUGCAUUUGCUUGGGAGCCCAGGGGUCACAGAUUCGCUGUCAUCCAUGGUGACAACCCCAGGCCAGAUGUCAGUUUCUACUCCGUGCGGUCUGGCCCUAACACAGGCCGUGUUUCAAAGCUGACUACUCUCAAGGGAAAGCAGGCUAAUGCUCUCUACUGGUCACCUGGAGGCCGCUUCAUUAUCUUGGCUGGAAUGAAAGGUUUCAAUGGACAGUUGGAGUUCUUUGAUGUCGAUGAGCUUGAUACCAUGGCAUCUGCUGAGCAUUUUAUGGCAACAGAUGUCGAAUGGGAUCCAACCGGAAGGUAUGUAGCGACAGCUGUUACUUCUGUUCAUGAGAUGGAAAAUGGAUUCAACAUUUGGUCUUUCAACGGAAAGCUGCUGUAUAGGAUACUCAAGGAUCAUUUCUUCCAGUUUUUGUGGCGCCCUAGGCCACCAUCCUUCUUGAAUAAGGAAAAAGAGGAAGAGAUAGCUAAGAACUUGAAAAAAUACAGCAAGAAGUAUGAAGCAGAGGAUCAGGAUGUUUCAUUGCAGUUGAGCGAGCAAGAUCGUGAGAAGCGAAAGAAGUUGAAAGAAGAAUGGGAAGCAUGGGUUAACGAGUGGAAGCGGUUGCAUGAGGAGGAGAAAAUGGAGAGGGAAAGGUUGCGUGAUGGAGAAGCUAGUGAUGAAGAGGAGGAAUACGAGGCAAAGGAAGUUGAAGUAGAGGAAAUAAUAAGCGUUACCGAGGAGGUUAUUCCUUUUGAAGAGAGUCAACAGUGAAUUCAAGAGUUUGAGAAUCCCCAGUCCAACGUUUUCUGCGCGAGCUGCUUAAGUAGAAGCUGAGCUUUAGGUAGGAUAUUUGGUUAAAAACUUGCUUUGUUCCAACUCAUUUUCUUUAAUUUCACUGUUGGUUGAUUAUAUAUUCGGAGUUUUGUCUGUUAACUAGUCCGAAAAUCCUGUUGCCCUUUGUUAUGAAUAUGAUUUACAGAUACUUUUUCAUCA